UAUAAUUAUAUAGACACCACACAAAAAAAAAUAUCGAUAUAUCUACUACUACAUGGAAAAGUAUCGGGGGGCUAAAGCCCCCUUCUUGUCCACUGGUGUCCCACCUUGUUUGUAUAGUUUCCCAUACAUCAUAUUCCAAUUAUACCACUAUCAGAUCUAGGUCUCAUUUGGUAUGGGUUGUGUGGAUGAAAUGGCUAGAUACGCUGACUUCUCUGAUUAUUCAGCUUAUAAGCAGAAUUAUCUGAUUAAUACUUCCAAAUGGGCCCUAAUUGUCGAUUACUGUGAUUGAUAUUGGGGAUAAUAAGUAAUAACUGAAGCAUCCAGAUCUUUUAAUCCACUUAAUUAUGCUUGAUUGCAAUGUAGUUGAGUUUUAAGACUGAAAAUCACCAUAAGAUUAUCACUAACAGAUUUACCAUUAAUUUGCUAAUUGCGCAGUGCAAGAUUCAGUUUUUCAGCGAGAUUAUUUACUCAUAUGGUUGUCUAUUUUUGUACUUAGCUUAUAUGUUGUAUACUAUAUGUUGAGAUUCAGAGCUGAAAAGCACUCAAACAGAUCGUGGAGAUCCUAAUGAUCCUCGUCUGAGACUUAAACGCGAUUGUGUUGGUAUUAUGGCUGCCUUCAAACUCAAUGGUCCUUGUCAUCACAUUAUUGUCGCAAAUACCCACAUUUACUGGGAUCCAGAAUGGGUGGAUGUCAAGCUUGCACAAGCUGAAUAUUUGUUAUCUCGCUUGGCUCAAUUCAAGUCAAGAGUGUCAGAGCAACUUGGCGUCAUACCUUCUAUAAUAGUUGCGGGUGACUUCAAUUCAGUCCCUGGGGAUCAAGUAUAUCAAUACCUUGUUUCUGAUAUGACCACCUCUUUGCUGGGACCUCUAUGUAGCGUAUAUGCAUACACUAAAGGGGAACCACACUUCACGAACUGCACCCCAGGGUUUACUGGAACCCUUGAUUAUAUAUUAUUUUCACCUUCUGGGGAUGUUAAACCAGUAGGCUGCCUUGAGCUUCCAGAACCAGAGUCAUGUGAUGUACAAGGUGGAUUGCCCAAUUACUACCAUCCAAGUGAUCAUCUUCCAAUUGGUGCUGAAUUUGAAGUUUCCCAAAACUAGCUUUAACUUACCUGCUGUCUUAUCUGAUCUGCUGUCUAUCCGAUCUAUCUGAUCUUUAUAUUCCCCGUGCAUACUACUAAUUAAUUUCUUCUUUGUAGUGGUUUUUAUACGCGUCCUUCCGUUGUUGCUAAUAGUAACACCCCAGAUAGAACUAUCACAUUUAGAAUUCCCAUAGUUUAGUGACAGGACUCUGAACUCAGUCCAAAUUCCUGACGGCCCAUCAUCUGGAAACCUAGUCCAGUUAUACAGGCAGCCAGGCAGGCUCAUCAUAAACCUAGUCUAGUUGUACGGGCAUUGAGCUUGGCUCGCGCCUUUGUGCGAACAUGCUCUUUUCAGUUACAUGUUGGUGAUCCCAUUUCUUUCCGUUCAUCAGUUCAUACAUGGAGGCAGGUUGGAUCAGAUUCAGUUUUGACUUCUCUUAGCGGUUUGAAGUUCCCUUAUUAUUCUGGAACCGCUGUCUUAUUAUUCAGGCUCCCCUAUUAUUCUGUUUGUUGACACGGUCUUCACGACUAGGCAAUGUGUAUCUGUGUGUCUCACCUCAAACAGCCGUGUGAGAGUUAGCUUCUUGCCGAGAACCUGACAGUGUUUGAUCAGUUGGUGGCAGAUCUCCAGAGAGCUACAUUAGGAACCUGAGGACAUGUGAAGCCAAUAAGAUGAGAGCGAUUUCUUGUGCCCUGUGGUGCAUAGAUGGAUCAUUGGGAACUUAGCGGAUUGUUCAAGUGACUCAAAUAUACUUCUCUAGGGUUUGGGACAUCUUCUUUGCAUCUCAGGAUUAGUUCAGUGAAAUUAGAAUCACUCGGUAUUAACAAAAAGUAUCAUUUGGGGGUGUUUGGUAAACACAUUCUCAACCAUUUUUGGCUUUUUGGUUUGACAGUCAAACAUCUAUUUUAGUGUUACAUAAAUAGUUUCUUGAUUUGAUUAUUUGAUGCAAAAAUGCCAAAAAUGAAAAACCCGUAGCUUUUUUC